GAUGCACAUGCAGAUACUACAUUCAGAAUACAGCCCAGUGUGGAAGAAGCGCUGGCAGAGGGGAGGCCUGUCGUGGCACUGGAGAGCACCAUUAUUACACAUGGAAUGCCUUAUCCCCAAAAUAUCAGAAUGGCUAAUGAAGUGGAAGAAAUUGUUCGGGUGAAUGGAUCAGUACCAGCAACAGUGGGUAUCAUAGAAGGUAAAGUUCAUAUCGGGCUCCGUGAAGAAGAAUUGAAGUUCCUGGCGACCAGAAAAGACUGCGUGAAAGUGUCACGGAGGGACUUGCCAUAUGUCCUCAGCCAGGGUCUUUCUGGUGGGAGCACUGUGUCUGGGACAAUGAUAGCGGCCCAUCACGCGGGGAUCUCUGUGUUUGUGACUGGUGGGAUAGGGGGAGUACACCGUGAUGGAGAGAACACCAUGGAUGUUAGCGCAGACUUGACUGAACUCGGGAGGACACCAGUAGCCGUGAUAUGUGCUGGAGUGAAAUCCAUUCUGGACGUUGGCCGCACCCUGGAAUAUUUGGUAAGUGAAGCUUUGAUUAAAUUUACAGAUCUUUAUUUUAGGCGAUUGUAA